UGGUUUAUUGACAUAUUUAUGUCAAUAGUGCAAUCUUUGAAAAAAUAUUAAUUCGUUAUAAAAAUAUUAUUUCCGUAUGUUUUCACCAAAUUUUCUAUAAAACAAUAUUCACCUAUAAUGUAAUGACAACUAGCAAGGAGAAGUGUCGUAUUUUUAAUAGAAAAGAGAAGAUAUUAAAAUUCUGUACCGACUUUGAAAAAUCUGCUGUGAUAAAUAGUUUUCUAAAACGUGGGUGGGAUCAGGUCACACCUCACGAAGAUUGGAAUAUUUACUGGUCUAGUACGUUAAAUUGUCGAGCACUGUUUAAUAGUGGUACACUUCAAGACAAUCAAUUCAUCAACCAUUUCCCAAAUCACCAAGAACUGGUGCGUAAAGAUUUGUUAGUGAAAAACAUUCGUCGCUAUCGCAAAGACCUAGAAAAGGACCGCAAUCCUGUCGCAGACAAAUAUCAAGAGACUCUCCCUGGCGGUGGAUCAGUCACACGUUAUUUAUAUUUAGAUUUUCUUCCCACUACUUAUGUUCUCCCCACUGACUAUAACAUAUUUAUCGAAGAAUACAAAAAGUUUGGACAAUCAACGUGGAUCUUAAAACCUUGUGGUAAAUCUCAAGGCGAUGGCAUAUUUUUGAUAAACAGCUUAACCAAAUUGAAGAAGUGGUUUCGGGAAUCCAAGAAACACUCAUCACCUAAUCUAUCAAGUAAAGACGUGUACGUUAUAUCUCGCUACAUCAAUAAUCCUCUUUUGAUCGGCGGAAAGAAAUUCGAUUUGAGAAUUUACGUUUUAGUCACAUCGUUUCGUCCUUUAAAAGCUUACAUAUACCGGAAUGGGUUUUGCAGAUUCUGUGCCAUAAAAUACGAUACGAGGGUAACAGAACUCGACAACGUAUACGUUCACCUAACCAAUGUUAGUGUUCAAAAGCAUGCCGAGGAAUAUAACAGUGAACACGGAGGUAAGCUGAGUCUCAAUAACUUUAAACUAUAUUUAGAAGGCACACGAGGCUUAGAUGUGACGAAACGGUUAUUCAAAGAUAUCCAUUGGCUGAUUAUACAUUCUCUUAAGGCUGUGACUGUGGUAAUGUCGAAUGAUCGCCAUUGUUUCGAGUGUUUCGGUUACGAUAUUAUUAUUGACGACAAUUUGAAGCCGUGGCUUAUUGAAGUGAAUUCAUCGCCCUCUAUGACAGCAACGACUCAAAGCGAUAGAAUACUGAAGAAUAAAUUAGUGGAAAGUAUUUUAUCAGUUGUUCUUCCACCAAAUGGAAUUCCAGAUGUCCGGUGGAAUAAAACGCCUUCGGAUGCAGCUAUUGGAGACUUUGACAUACUUAUCGAUGAGGAUGCUUUAUAUAGAAAUAAGUUUGCUGACGACGACAAUGACAAUGGUAAAAAGUUAAGAAUCUCAUAA